AUGCCGGGACGCCGCGCUCCAGUCCUGGUCGUUAGGGUUGCUUGCUUGAGGUGUGCAAAAUUGACAGAGCUCACUUCGACAGAUGAAGCAAAAACAGCAAACAUGUAUCAAAUAGGGCUUAAACAGUUUUGUUGCCACAAAUGUGCGGUCACGACAGGACACCUUGCUAUCAAAUUGACGGGGACGACAACGAUUCUGUUUGUAGCCCUAUGCGGGACAUUCUCCCCUGCCCAUACAAGUCUGGCACGCAACGGCCACAAAUCCAACAAUUUCUCCACGAAUCUCUCGCUCGACCAAAUGUCAUCUAAUGACAUUUCCAGCAUAAAAGAAUCCCCCAAAAAGCCACAGAAACACUUGCGCAUCGUCAUACCACUAGGGCGCAGACUUGCCCCUCCAGUUCACAUUAAUCAAGAUAUCGGUGCCAACAAUAGAUCUUUGUUUGAAGACACCAGCGAGCCGGGUGUCUUUGAAAUGACCAAGGCUGCUUCAAAGAAGUUGCAGAGAGUUUUAGCGUCGUAUGGUCAGGACGCAGCCAGGGUCAGCGUUACGGCGGCUGAGGCAACGUCAUAG